AGCGUUGGCGGGGCGCAGUGAGGUCCGCCAGGACUAGGUGGAAGGAGAGAAGGAACGUCCCUCUCUGCAACUCAUCUAAGGGCCUGCUCGGACCCCGGAUCUCACAGCGAGAACUACCGCCUCGCUACACCCGCCUUUCCCCGCGCCACCCAACAGCUCCCACGUCUCAUCCUCCGGGAGCGGGGCGGGGCGAAGCGGAAGAGGAGGGGCCGACACAACCACGCCCACUAGCCGCGCUCCAAGGCCGCGGCCCCCUUACCGCGAGAACGCGGAGUCCUGCGGAUGGCGCACGCGCAAACCUCCUGUGACGCCUGCGCCUCCUGGCCCCGCCUUCCGCUCGUGGGAGUUCCGGAUGUUUAGCGUUACCAUGGAGCCUGGAGGUGCCCGCGAACGCUGCUCGUCGCCUGGGCAACCGGAGAGGACGAAGCAGGACCUAGGUGGCGGCGGUGGUACCGGCUGCAAUGGUGUCCAAUCCCGUGCAUGGCUUGCCCUUUCUUCCGGGCACGUCCUUUAAGGACUCUACGAAAACAGCCUUCCACAGAAGUCAGACGCUGGGCUACAGGAACGGCUAUGCAAUUGUUCGACGUCCAACAGUUGGGAUAGGCGGAGACCGGCUCCAGUUCAACCAGCUGUCCCAGGCUGAGCUGGAUGAGUUGGCCAGUAAGGCACCAGUCUUAACUUAUGGCCAACCUAAACAAGCCCCACCUGCGGAUUUUAUUCCUGCGCAUGUGGCCUUUGACAAAAAGGUACUGAAAUUUGAUGCCUAUUUCCAAGAAGAUGUUCCUAUGUCAACUGAGGAACAGUAUAGGAUCCGUCAAGUGAACAUUUACUAUUAUCUAGAAGAUGACAGCAUGUCUGUCAUAGAGCCUGUUGUAGAAAAUUCUGGAAUCCUUCAAGGCAAGUUAAUAAAACGCCAGCGGCUAGCCAAGAAUGACCGGGGUGACCAUUACCAUUGGAAAGACCUAAAUCGAGGAAUAAACAUCACAAUUUAUGGCAAAACUUUCCGCGUUGUUGACUGUGACCAAUUCACACAGGUAUUUUUAGAAAGCCAAGGAAUUGAAUUAAAUCCACCAGAGAAGAUGGCUCUUGAUCCUUACACUGAACUCCGAAAACAGCCUCUUCGUAAGUAUGUCACCCCAUCAGACUUUGAUCAACUCAAGCAAUUUCUCACCUUUGACAAACAGGUCCUUCGAUUCUAUGCAAUCUGGGAUGAUACAGACAGCAUGUAUGGUGAAUGUCGGACCUACAUCAUUCAUUACUAUCUUAUGGAUGAUACGGUGGAAAUUCGAGAGGUCCACGAACGGAAUGAUGGGAGAGAUCCUUUCCCACUCCUAAUGAACCGCCAGCGUAUGCCCAAAGUUUUGGUGGAAAAUGCAAAGAACUUCCCUCAGUGUGUGCUAGAAAUCUCUGACCAAGAAGUGUUGGAAUGGUAUACUGCUAAAGACUUCAUUGUUGGGAAGUCACUCACUAUCCUUGGGAGAACUUUCUUCAUUUAUGAUUGUGAUCCAUUUACUCGACGGUAUUACAAAGAGAAGUUUGGAAUCACUGAUUUACCACGUAUUGAUGUGAGCAAGCGGGAACCACCUCCAGUAAAACAGGAGUUGCCUCCUUAUAACGGUUUUGGACUAGUGGAAGAUUCUGCUCAGAAUUGUUUUGCUCUCAUUCCAAAAGCUCCAAAAAAAGAUGUUAUUAAAAUGCUGGUGAAUGAUAACAAGGUGCUUCGUUAUUUGGCUGUACUGGAAUCCCCCAUCCCAGAAGACAAAGACCGCAGAUUUGUCUUCUCUUACUUUCUAGCUACCGACAUGAUCAGUAUCUUUGAGCCUCCUGUUCGCAAUUCUGGUAUCAUUGGGGGCAAGUACCUUGGCAGGACUAAAGUUGUUAAACCAUACUCUACAGUGGACAACCCUGUCUACUAUGGCCCCAGUGACUUCUUCAUUGGUGCUGUGAUUGAAGUGUUUGGUCACCGGUUCAUCAUCCUUGAUACAGACGAGUAUGUUUUGAAAUACAUGGAGAGCAACGCUGCCCAGUAUUCACCAGAAGCACUCGCGUCAAUUCAGAACCAUGUCCGAAAGCGAGAAGCGCCUGCUCCAGAAGCAGAAAGGUUUGCCUUCACCAGUUUCCACUGGCUGCACAUCCAGAGUCUCUUGAAAGGCAGCUGUGUCGACAUUCCUACAGUCAGCUUUCUCUUCUAUAACACUAUUUAUAUUUGACUUGAAUUCACUUCUUGCAUCUUUGCUGUACUUUCAUCCUUAUUGGCCAAUUCUCUCUUUUGAUUUUCCAUUUUUGUAAAAUAAAGUUUGUGUAUCACUGAGAGACAAGGAGGCAACAUAGCUACACACUUUACUGUCUGCGUGAACUAUAAAACAAAUAUACAGUGACUAGUCACCAACAGACUUUGAAAGAAGUGAUGUAAUUGUCACUGAUUGUGAUAUGCAUCUGUUUAAUUACAUUGUGGUUAGUGGACUAAAGUCCUGACAGAUAAGUUUGUACUUUAUGCAAUUACUCAUAGUUAUUAACUGUGUUAACUGAAAUUUGAACCAUGUUGUUGGGGGAAUGGGUUAUUUUACUAAAUGGUGGUAAUCGAAAUUCAUGCAUCUUGUAACUGUGCAAACUGAGAAAUGCCUUCAUAUCAAGGAAGACAGACUUGAUGGAGGACAGGUGAGCUUCAAAAUUAGGGCUCAGCCAGAGAGAGUUAUUGGCUUUUCCCAAGAAAGAAUUCCAGGGAGAGCUGGUGCUGUUAAACAGCAACUGUUUUUAAGCAACAGUGUACAGCAGCAGCUGAGGUUCUGCUCCUUGUAGAGUAGGGAUACCCCAUAGGCAUUGUGCCCAGAAUUGUAGCUCAAAGGCAGUUCUGCACUCAUAUUAUGCAGAAAUUUCCAGGAAAAGGGUGGUAACUUCCAGGGGUUCGCGUCGUUGCUGUGGAAAGGGGUGGUUACUUCCGGAUGUUGUCAUGGCAAUGGUAAACUGAUAUGGCGCACUGGUGGGCAUGUCUUAUGGAAAGCUGCCUCUGCCCCAGACCUAUUUUAGCUAGUCCUCAAUUUGGCCCUGUGUCUGAACCGAGCCUCCAGAGUCGAGCCCCACUUCCUACCUCGGAAUGAUUCAUUAUGUCAGAUGGGGAUUUAGCAAUAUUAAGGGAAUUGGGGACCUUGGAGACCUUAAUGAGGAGUUUCAGUGGAAUGGGAAGACGGGGAGAACCUGAUGGCAGUAGAUUUAAGAGAGAAUGGGAGAGAGGAAUUCUGGAUCAGAGUGGAGACUACUCUUUUGGGGAGGUUUGGUGCAAGGGACAACAGAAAAAUGGGGCAGCAGCUGGCAGAGAAAGUGAAGUCAGGAGAAGUUUUUGUUUUAUUUUGUUUUUGCUUUUGUUUUUACAUAGAAUAAAUAGCAUGUUUGUAUGCUAAUGGGAAUGAUUCCAUAGAGAGGAAAACAUUGAUAAGUGUGUGAGAGAGCGGGGACAAUUUCUGGAGUUUGUGAGAGGAUGGGGUUUAGUAUGAGUGGAGGAAUUGGCUUCAGAUAGAAGCACCAACUAUUCACCUAGGGCAGUAUUUCUCAAACUUUCGGGUCUUGAGACACCUUUAUACCCUUAAAAAUUAUUGAGGGCCCCAAAGAGUUUUUAUGUGUUUAUAUCUAUUGCUAUUUAGCAUAUUAUAAAUUGUAUCUGAAAAAUUUUCAAAUAUUAAUUUAUUUUGAAAACAAUAAACCCAUUUCAUGUCAACACAAAUAACAUAAUUUUGUGAAAAAUCAAUUUUUACAAACAAAAAAAAUUUAGUGAGAAGAGUGAUAUUGCUUUACAUUUUUGCAAACCUCUUAAUGUCUGACUUACUUAGUAAUAGAAGAUGACUGGAUUUUCAUGUGCUUUUGUAUUCUGCCUGCGGUGAUAGCCUGUGUUGUGUGACCUUUGGAAAACUCCAUUGUGCACUUGUGGGAAAACAAGAGUAAAAAGACAAAUAAUGACUAAGUAUUAUCACAAGAAUAAUUUUGACUUCACAGACCCCUGAAGGGUCUUGGGAACCUCCAAGAGUCCUGGGAUUACUCUUUAAAACCUUGAUCUAGGGCAACAGGCAAAAGGCAGCAUAUGUGGGUUCAGAUUCUUGUAGGUGGGUAGAUAUUGGGAGGCCCUUGUGAUUGUUUCGUGAUAGUAGUGCAGUAGAAAGAGUGAGGAUAGAGGGAGAUGUUGGAGGUUUCAAGAGAGAGGAGAAGUUAUGAAAUGCUCUAUUUUAUUGAAUAUAUAAAUAUCAAUAAAAUGAAUAUGAAAUAAAAUCUAAAACAGCAUAUUUUAGCUACUACCAAGAAAGAAAAAAUUGCCAAAUAUAAUCCAUAUCAUUAAUUGAAAAUGCAUGUUAAUUCCAGAGAUGUUAAAAUGU